ACUCGAGCGCUGCUGGGGGUGGCCCAGAGAGGCCACCACAGCGAGGGGAGCAAGCGCAACAACAGGAACAGCCAAAUAACAAUCAGGAAGCUGCUAGUGGUGCUGGUAGUGGUGGUGGCGGUGGCAGCGGCGGCGGUAGGGCCAACAAUCAGAAUGGUUCCGGACCCGAUGCGGUUAUCUGUGGUCCACAAGAAUGGAAUAAUGGCCCCAGCGGCAACAAUAACAGUAACAACAACGGAAAUAGCAGCAGCAACAACAACAAUGCUCAGAAUCAGAACGCAAACGUGAACAACAAUGAGGAAUGUGACCGGUUCAGUUUCGAAGAUUCCGACCGCUUCGAGGAGGACUCCUUGUGCAGCUGGAGCUCCGAACCGGAAAGCGUUUGCAACAAUUGGCGCGGCUGGAAGAAACCAGCGGGAACGCUGAACACCUUCGGUGCCAACGGAAAUCGGAAGGCUUCCGAUGGAGAGGUAACAACCCUGACCGAACUAGCGGCUCGCUGUGUCGCCUCGUAUAUUCCGUUCGAGCUGGUGGAACAUGUCUACCCGCCCGUACCGGAGCAACUGCAGCUGCGGAUUGCUUUCUGGAGCUUUCCGGACAACGAAGAAGACAUUCGGUUAUACUCCUGCUUGGCCAACAGUUCGGCCGACGAGUUCCAUCGGGGUGAGCAGCUGUUUAAGAACCGUGCCGUCAAGGAUCCGCUGCAGAUUGGAUUCCAUCUGUCGGCAACGGUGGUCGUAACGCAGCCUCGUAACCAAUUCAACGUGGCAGUAACAUUCGACAGGAGGAGAAUUUCUUCCUGCAGCUGCACCUGCGUACCGGCGGCAUACUGGUGCUCACACGUAGUCGCUGUGUGUCUCCAUAGAAUUCAUUGCCCUACGAAGGUUAGCCUGCGCGCACCGGUAUCGGAGUCAUUGUCUAGGUUGCAGCGAGAUCAGCUGCAGAAAUUUGCUCAGUAUCUCAUAAGCGAACUUUCUCAGCAGAUCCUGCCGAUCGCACAGCGCUUACUUGACGAGUUGCUCAGUUCACAGCCGACUACCAUCAAUACCGUAUGUGGUGCCCCGGAUCCGACGGCCGGUGCUUCGGUAAACGACCAAACCAACUGGUAUCUGGACGAUAAGACGUUGCACGACAACAUCAAGAAGAUAUUGAUCAAGUUCUGCUUACCCACGCCCAUGGUGUUCAGCGAUGUAAAUUAUCUGACUAAUUCUGCUCCACCGGCCGCUGCCGAAUGGAGCUCAUUGCUACGUCCCCUGCGGGGAAGAGAACCGGAGGGUAUGUGGAAUCUGCUGUCUAUAGUGCGUGAAAUGUACCGGCGCUGCGACCGAAAUGCGGUACGGUUGCUGGAGGUUAUCACAGAGGAAGUGAUGGCGUGCGAUCAAAUUUUGGUUUGGUGGUUCAACAUCAAGCUGGCCCUACUGGUGGGAUCCAAUGGCCAUGGUGGGGGCAAACACAGUAAUACCCAUUCCAAUUCGAAUGCUACUCAACAUGCGUGUGCUUCGCUUUGUGACGAGAUCGUCGUUUUGUGGAGAUUGGCUUCUCUCAAUCCAGGACUGGCACCCGACGAACGGGAUAUGCUUCAUGCCCAGUUUACGUCGUGGCAUUUGAAGAUACUGGAUCGGGUUGCGAAAAAUAUGGUAGCAUCCUCUUCGCACAGUAGCAAGCAGCAGCAAAAUUUGCGGAAUGAUGCCGAACUGUUUGCAGGGUUUAAGCCGGCAAUCGAGGCCUGCUAUUUGGACUGGGAGGAUUAUCCGAUUGAGGGUAUAACGCACACACAGGAUACGAAUCCGAUGUAUCACUGUCCGUUCACUUGCUUCAAGCAGAACAGUGAAUCGAAAGCUGAAUCCUGUCCGGGGUUGGUGAAUUCGAGCCAGGCGAUACUGCAAAACAACGUGAAGCAGUUCCAGCAGAUGCCACACCAUCAUCACCAUCAUUUUAGCCAUCAUCAUCAUGGCGGCCACGGACAGGGAGCGCAUCAUAGCGGCGGUACAGCUGUUACGUCGACUUCGUCCAGUUCGGGUGUCGGUGGUGGCGGUGUUUCCGUAGGAAGUGGAGCGCAAGUUGGUGGUGGUUCUAGUAGUAAUGGAAUGUCGGUUAUACCUGGUGGUAAUACCGGUAGUUCCAGCGGCGGGGCGAAGUCCCAUCAUAGGCGUGACUAUCGUCACCGGGAUCGUUGCUACGGAUCGAGUAACAGCAGUAGUGACAGUGUUCCGGAUCGUUUUAAGGAGGCCGCAGCUGGCGGUUCCCUUAAAAUGGACCACCAUUUGUCGGCAGUUGUGACGGCUACUGCAAACAGCAGCAACACUGGAGGCGGUGGAAACCGAUCCAGUGUGAGCAGUGAAGGUUUUUGCGAAAACGACGACGACGUCAAUGUGGUUGAUGAUUUGCCGGCGGUUGCCGGUGCUGUUGUGGCUAGCAAAAAGGACGAAAGUAUUAGCGAUUCUUCGAAUAGCUCUUCGUCCAGUAUGGAAGACAGCGCGGCCAAAUCGCAAAAUGAACCAUCGGACAGUAGCGAUGCCAAUAGCAUUCUUAACGACAUGAAUAAUUACGAAAUUUCGGGCAACAUAAAGUUGUUUGAAAUUUACAACCAAGACCCGUUGCCGGGAACUUCUAGUUCAACGUGUACGUCAUCUCCCUCCACGGCCACCACCGCAACCAAAAUCGUUCCAACCGAGCUGGCCAACCGGACAAGUCCCAACAGGCAAACAAGUGAAAAUUCGACGAACAAACAAUAUUCUGUCGUAAAGGACGUUUCCUCUGAAUCGGAACGGAACCUGCGACGGCUAUCGAAAGACGAAAGCUUGUCCAGUUCGGAUAGUGCCCAGAAUAUGGACGAAUACAAUAUGUACUAUUACGAUUCGAAACAAGCACAAGCACAGCAGCAGCAAGAACAACAACAGCGACAACGUCAACCGCAGGAAACGAAACAGCAGCAACCGCCGCAGCAAGUGUUUUCCAAUCUGAAACCAACGGAAGAUGCUUGGGACAUUUUGUUCGCCCGUGCCGAAGGUCUGCACGCGCACGGACACGGUCGGGAAGCUUGCAUAUUAGGUGUUCGACUGGCCGAAGAGAUGCUGGCGAAUCCGCCAAACCUAAUGAUCGAGCUCCCACCACCGCCAAAGAAAAAAGGCAAGAAACACAACAUUAAUCCGAUUUCCCAUCAGCUGAGCGUGCUUGCGUCAGCUACGCUGGCCAAGUGUGCAUUCCUGUGUACGGUUCUAGCGGAAAAUUCCGAACAUUAUCAUCUGGCUUUUCGGGUGUGUUUGUAUGGACUGGAAAUGUCACGACCGCCGGCGAGUACGAAGCCAUUGGAGGUGAAACUAGCGAAUCAGGAAUCUGACCUAUUGGCACUGCUGAAGCGCAUUCCGUUGGGUCAUGCCGAGUUGAAAAUUAUUCGCGACAGAGCCGAAGCUCUUCGGGAUGGAACGCUGAAAUCACGAGGCGAAGCGCUGCUGCCCAUUAUGCUGGCAAGUUUCAUAUUCGAUGCAUUGGUGAUGCCCAGCAUCGUUGGAAAAGAAAACCGCAUGAAGGUGAUGAGUCAAUCGUUCCGAUUGCCAACCGAUGAAAAUCUAGGUUUUGAAGCAGCGGUGGCUGCACUGGGGUUGAAGGCUAAUGUUUCCGAAGCAGAACAUCCGCUGCUUUGCGAGGGAACCCGCCGUCAGCGGGGAGAUCUGGCACUGACUCUGCUCUCGUAUUACAAAGACGAACCACGCAAAAUAUGCCGCGUUAUGGAGAAGUUACUGGAUCGCGAAAUACAUUCGUUGAUCAAAACACCCCUGCUGCCGUCGUACUAUUCAAACAAUCCGCCAACCCGCAGCCAGACUUCGCAACUGCGAAUGGAAGAAUACGAAUCGAGCAGCCAACAGCAGCAACUGUACAGUGGAGAGCUCCAGCAGCAGCAGGCCCACCACCCUGGAUUACCUCAACAACAACAGAAUGAUUUUAUGGUGAAUAGCCGUCCCCAAAGCAGCACCAGUGCCGAAAUGGAAAUGGGAAUGAAUGCACUCAGUUUAGGUCAGGCGCAAUCGAUGCCAGCAGGGCCAGCUCCGCCUGGCGGACCUGGCGGAAAUGCGCAACCGAUCAUGCCCGGUGGCGGACCACCAAACAACGCGGUUGCUGGACCCGUAUCGACAACGACUACGCGCUCCAAAGAUUCGCGAUACAAAGGCAAACGAGCUUAUCCAUCAAUUCCGAACCAACCGUCGGAAGCUAGUGCACACUUUAUGUUUGAGUUGGCCAAAAAUGUUCUCACCAAGGCCGGUGGAACCUCGUCGACUUCUCUGUUCACCCAAGCAUCAACAAGCCAAAACCAUCAAGGACCGCACCGGGGGUUGCAUAUGUGUGCUUUCCAGCUCGGGCUCUAUGCGCUUGGCCUGCACAAUUGCGUCAGUCCAAACUGGCUGUCGAGGACCUACUCGUCGCACGUGUCCUGGAUUAUAGGCCAAGCAAUGGACAUAGGAGCACCGGCGAUAUCUUUCCUGAUAGACACAUGGGAAGGACACUUGACGCCACCAGAAGCCGCAGGAAUGGCCGAUCGUGCUUCCUCCCGCGGGUGGGACAGUAACAUGGUCAAUCCCGCAGCUGAGCUGGCUCUGUCGGUAUUACCUCAUGCAGCUGCACUGAAUCCGAACGAAAUACAACGUGCCAUCCUACAAUGCAAAGAACAAAGCGACAGAAUGCUGGAACGAGCCUGUUUGACGGUGGAAAACGCUGCAAAGGGAGGAGGUGUAUAUCCGGAAGUACUUUUCCAGGUCGCUCGCUACUGGUACGAGCUAUAUCUGCGAAACACACCGGGCGGUGAAAUGGAACUAAAUGAGCAGCAUGAAUAUUUCAGCGUAAAUCUCAUGUCGCUGAUGGAUUCCAGCGAAAUUCAACAGGCUCAACCUCCGCCCCCGGCAAAUCCAUCGGUUGUGGUAAGCGCGACACCGCCUCAACCUUAUCAGCAAACCGUUACGACUCUUGCUCCCAUUGGGCUGGCCCCAUACGGACCGUACAGUUUCCCCUGUCAAGGAAUCUACCACCAGAACAUUCCCUACCAUGCCAAUCAGAUGCAGAUGUAUAUAUCCACUCCCCCGCAGUUCCAAUAUCCUCCGCCGCCGCCACACAACAAUCCACCCCAGCAACAGCCGGGUGGAUACCAGCCGCCUCUGAAUGGUGGCUAUCAACCGAUGCAGCCGCAUCCGCCAGUAGUUCCUCCGCAAGGUUACAAUCCCCAGCAGUAUCCAGGUCAGGUACCCGUACAAGUUCCACCUCCGCCACCAAACCAACAGCAGCAACUACAGCAGAACAUGCAAUACUACGGUGGCCCCCAGGGAGUUCCCAUGCAGCAACAGCCACCUCCACCACAACCGCAACAACCUCCUCCACAUCCCCGGCCUCAGCCAGGUCACGGCGCAUAUCCGCCGUACGCCGCCGUUCCACCCGCUACUCCUCCUGUUCGCCCUCCCAGACAUCCGCACCAAUUCACCCCUACUCAGCUGCGCUAUCUGAUAGCGGCCUACAAUGCCGGUAUGUUAGCACUGGAAACCCUAGCGCGUCGAGUGCACGACGAUCGACCACAGGCUAAGUAUGCCCGCAAUCCACCCUACGGCGAGGACGUAAAAUGGCUGCUACGCAUCUCCAAACGCCUCGGAACGCAGUAUCUGCAUCAGUUCUGCGUGUGCGCCGUCAACUCGAUCGUUUCACCCUUCGUACUGCACGAGGUGGCCAUCGAGUCGGCGCACUAUCUGUCGCGGAACAAUCCCGGCCUAGUUAUGCAGCAUUUGCGCACACCGCUGGCUCCCCUAAUGCAGAAGUGUCAACAAAUGUACAUACAGUGCAUCCAUCAAAAACUGUAUCACCUGACGGUAGCUGAUUACGAGGAGUUCACCAGCACCAUACUGUCGGCAAGGAAUGCUUUCCAAAUCACCCCGGAAGGAACAGCCCAGUUCAAGGAUUGGUUGCAAUCGAUCAAACGGUCGAAAUCAUGCAAAAAGGAACUUUGGACCCAAAUCAACGCAGCUCUCAAUUCCAAAUGACAACGACUAGAUUCGAUCGGUUCCGAACUGAACAACAUUUCUUCGGCUACC